AUGUCGACUUACGAAAUCGAACACAACACGACCGACCCCUCAACGGCCCCAACUGCGCGCCGCCGCCGCCCCGACCUCUCCACCUUCUUCUCAACCCUGUCCCAGAUCACUCCAGCUCCCGACCACAGACCCCAUGCAGUCCCCGUCCCAGGAGAUGUGAGCGCAGCAUUCUUCUCUCUCGCAGAGGCGUUGGAUAUGAUGCGUCGCGAGGCCGAUUCAGCGCCGCGCCCCGACGCGCAGGAAGGCACCGACAACACCGACUCAGAUACCGGUCGCGAUCUGCUGACCACGAUGAUCCAGUCGCUGCUCGCACAGGCGGAUAUGCCACCACGGAAGGUGGAGGGUGUUGACGAGGAAUUCUGUGAUAUGCUCGAACGCGUCCCAAAAGCAUCCCUCAAAAGCUCUGAUAACUGCCCUAUCUGCAACAACCCCUUCGUGGAAGAUCCCUACCCGCUCGUCGUCCAGCUGCCCUGCCACCCGACACACCGCUUCGAUCUGGAAUGUGUGCGGCCGUGGCUGCGGCUGCGCGGGACGUGUCCGCUUGACCGUGUGGACUUUGCACAGCAGCAGAGAGACAAGGCGGAGGCGAAGAAGAAGCUUGUUGAGGAGGAUGAGGAGGAGGAAUGGGAUGGUAUGUAUGGCUGA